AUGGCCCGCUCGGGCCGGGCGCUGUGCCUGGCGAACGUGCCGUCGGCGAUCGGCUUGGGCGAGAGCGGACCCGGCGUGUCGCGGGUGUUCGCGAGGUCGUUGACCGCUGGAUCGUCUAUUGGCGUCCACCGCUUGAGGCAUUUGUGGAGCCCACACGCUGUUGGCAGGGCGAUGGGUGGGAAUAAGCCUGCGUCGUUGUUCGCCAUCGCGCCCAUCCACAGUGCGCUGGCUCCAGCAGUGGAGGAGUCAGAUGAAGACGAGGCUGAAACAAGCAAAGAAGCAGAAGAGCCUGUUCUGCAGCGCUCCCUGCAAGAAGUGAUUCAGCAGCAAACAGCUUCACUACAACUGAAUGGACAGCCAGAGCAGCAAGUUAUCUCUGUGCAAGCAGAUGCGGUGGACGAGUCUCUAGCAAUCGAAAAUUUGCAUUUGUCACCAGUGACAGUGAAGGCACUGGAGAAAAAGGGGAUCGUGGCACUGUUCCCAAUUCAGAAGCAUGUUUUCGAUCCAGCCUCGCAAGGACGCGACCUGAUCUGCAGAGCCAAGACAGGUUCUGGGAAAACACUGGCCUUUGCCCUUCCCGUCAUUGAGAACAUUUUGAAGGAGCACAAGGAAAAUCGACCCAUCCGUGGGCGUGCACCUCGAGCCCUUGUGAUGGCUCCCACCAGGGAGCUUGCGAAUCAGGUUGCCCGGGAGUUUGCUUCCGUGGCACCUGACCUGUCUCUUGGCAGCUUUUACGGAGGAGUUUCGAUUGCUGGACAACGGAGGCUGCUGGCUGAUGGAGUGGAUGUGGCAGUGGGAACCCCUGGUCGCCUGAUGGACCUCAUCGAGCAGCGUGUACUUGACCUAUCAAUGGUCCGUUAUGCCAUUCUGGAUGAGUCAGACCAAAUGUUGGACAUGGGAUUCGAGGAGGACAUGGAAAAAAUUUUGCAGCAUGCACCACAGGAAAGACAAACAAUGCUGUUUUCUGCGACUAUGCCUGGAUGGGUGAAGAAGGUUUCCAAGAAAUACCUCAAGGAUCACGUGCUUGUUGAUCUUGUGGGAGACCAUGCGACAGGGAGAAUCGCUGAGUCCAUCAAGUCCCUGGGCAUCUUGAGUGAUCGACAAUACAAGCGUAACAUCUUAAUAGACCUGUUGGUUGUGCAUGGAGGGGGUGAAAGAACGAUAGUUUUCACCCAAACCAAGCGGGAAGCGGACUAUGUUGCAUCCUUUGUCGCAUCGACCAUUCCUUGUGAAGCCCUCCAUGGCGACAUUCCCCAGCAGCAGAGGGAGCUUGCACUGGAGAGAUUCCGCAAAGGGAAGUUCUCUGUGCUUGUGGCCACAGAUGUUGCAGCCAGAGGCCUUGAUAUCCCAAAUGUGGACCUUGUUGUUCACUACGACAUCCCUCAGGACAGUGAAGCUUUCUUGCACAGGAGUGGCCGAACAGGACGCGCUGGAAAGUCUGGUGUGACAAUCGUCAUGUUCACAAAAUCCGAAGGACGGAAUGUGCAGCGUGUGAUGAGGGAUACACAUACACAGUUGGGGCUCAUUGGGCCACCAGCCCCUCGUGAAGUCAUGCAAGCAUCAACCAAAUCUGUGCUGACACGCAUGGGUGCAGUGGAACCAGAAGUUGUGAAAUUUUUUGGUCCUGCUGCUGAGAAACUCCUAAGCUCUGGGGACGCUCAACAGGUCCUUGCUGCAGCUUUGGCGUCCAUGAGUGGGUUUGAUAGAGUGCCAAAGCCAAGGAGUUUGUUGACACAACAAGAGGGUUGGGUGACCUUGAGAAUGCUGGCCAAACAUGGAAGAAUCCAGUCAACAGGUUCUGUCAUGAAGAUUGUGGGAGAUCUAGUUGGUGAACAUGCCUUCGGCAAGGUUGGUCGGAUUGAGAUGAUUGUUGACCACGAAACCCACAAAGAGGGUGCCCUGGUGGAUCUUCCAGUGGACUUUGCCAUCGUCUUCCUUCAAACAGCUGCUCAAAACCCAGAAAGCAAAGCUUGUAAGGGGCUCGUGUUUGAUAGACCCAAGCACUUGCCCAUGUCAGCUUGCAUGUCCAGCUAUGAGGAUUCUUAUGGGAGAGGCGGCAGGAGGCAAGGCAGGAGCCGGGGUGGAAGAUCAGGCAGCUACUCAGACUGGAAUGGCUCUGGUGGCUUCCGAGGCAGGAGAGAUGACUCUUCACGAUAUGGAGACAGUGGAGGGUAUGUGGGAGGUCGCAGCCGGGGUGAAUCAUCCAGGUGGGGUGGCAGUUGGGACAGGGGCGAGUCUUCUGGCAGGGGAGGGAUGAGGAGUGGCAGGAGUGAUUCUUUCCAGUCAGGGAGUCGGAGAGAAGGAGGCUGGGAAGGUAGGAGUUCUGAUAGGAGUGGAUCCAGGCGUGAGGCAAGAGGAGGCUCAAGGAGGCAGUCCAGUGGCAUGUGGGAUUGA